UAUAAGUGACAUUAAUUCAAAAUCAAUAUGGCAAUCAAAGCUCCAUUAAUGCUGCUAGGAAUUGUUUUCCUAGUCUCCUCAGUUUGUGUCUCUUCUAGAUCCGAUCAAGAUCAGGAUCAAGAGAACCCUUUUUUGUUUAAGUCUAACCGUGCCCAAACCCUUUUUGAAAAUGAAAACGGUCACAUCCGUCUCCUUCAAAGGUUCGAUAAACGUUCUAAAAUAUUUGAGAAUCUCCAAAACUACCGCCUUUUAGAAUAUAAGUCCAAGCCUCACACCAUCUUUCUCCCACAACAAAAUGAUGCUGACUUCAUCCUUGCAGUUCUAAGUGGGAAGGCUAUUCUCACCGUGUUGAACCCCAAUGAUAGAAACUCCUUCAACCUUGAGCGUGGUGAUACCAUCAAACUACCUGCUGGCACCAUUGCUUAUUUGGCAAAUCGCGACGACAAUGAAGAUCUUAGAGUAUUAGAUCUUGCCAUCCCCGUAAACAGACCCGGUCAUUUUGAGUCUUUCUUAUUGUCUGGAAGCGAAAACCAACAAUCCUUUUUAUCUGGGUUCAGCAAGAAUAUUCUAGAGGCCGCCUUCAAUGCUGAUUAUGAGGAGAUUGAGAGGGUCCUUAUAGAAGAGCAGAACAAAGAACCACAACAUAGAAGAGGCCUUAAGGAUAGGAGGAGGCAACAGAGCCAGGAAGCAAAUAUAAUAGUCAAACUAACAAGGGAACAAAUUGAGGAACUGAGCAAAAAUGCAAAGUCUAGCUCUAAAAAAAGUGCAUCUUCUGAAUAUGAACCAUUCAACUUGGGAAACCGUGACCCUAUCUAUUCCAACAAGUUUGGCAACUUCUUUGAGAUCACCCCCGAAAAAAAUCCACAACUACAAGACUUGGAUAUACUUGUCAACGCCGUAGAGAUUAAGGAGGGAUCUCUCUUUUUGCCACACUACAAUUCAAGGGCCACAUUGAUAGUAACAACUGUUGAAGGAAACGGCGAGUUUGAACUUGUAAGUCAUGAAAAUGAGAAUCAACAUGAGCAAAGAGAAGAAGAUGAGGCAGAGAAAGAAGAAGGACAAGAGAGAAGCAGACAAGUGCAAAGGUACAGAGCUAGGUUAUCUCCAGGUGAUGUUUUUGUAAUUCCAGCAGGUCAUCCAGUUGCUGUGAGUGCUUCCUCAAAUCUCUAUUUAGUUGGAUUUGGUAUCAAUGCUGAGAACAAUCAGAGGAACUUCCUUGCAGGUGAGGAAGACAAUGUGAUAAGUCAAAUACAUAGAUCAGUGAAAGAGCUUGCAUUCCCCGGAUCAGCUCAACAGGUUGAAAGGCUACUAAAGAAUCAGAAACAAUCUUACUUUGCAAAUGCUCAGCCUCAACAAUGGGAGGAAGAAAUCUAGAGAAAAAGGAGUAUCAUAUAUUCAAUUUUGGGAGCUUUAUAAUGAGUGAUCAAAAUUAUGAAUAUAGCUCAUAGUGAGCAAAAAAUAAAACGGCAUUAUGUUGUAACAAUAACCAGUACUAUGAAUAAAUAAAUCAAGAGUAAAUUUUGUGCCUCCUA